AUUAUUCAGUCCGAGUUGCCAACAUGACACACCAACAGAGGCGCGUCGCACCGGUCGAAUGUCCGUUGGCUUCGCUGGGACGCAACACUCCUUCGAUGGAUACCCGACAGUAUCAUCAUCCGCUCAGUUCCAGCCCGCUCGAUCCGCAAGCCUACCAGAUGUCUCGCAGUUCCCCAAUCCUCACGCUGGACUCCGAUCUUUAUCCACCCGAUACCGGUGGCCUAAUGUCGUCCGGCCACAAGGGCGAACAGCCACCCGAUGGGCAGGAUGGGAAUGGUGGUGGUGGUGGAGGUGGCGGUGGUGGAGGAUCUCUACUUUCCCGCAGUUCUUCUUCCUCGCUCGAUCAAAACGGUUCCUCCUAUCUGCAUCAAGCGCUACCACUGCCGCUACAUCCACCGCCCACAGUUAACGGACAUCACGGGCACAGACGAGACUAUCGGCCAGUCCGUCCACGAACCUACACACCGAUCGAUGCACUGCUAACCAACACCUACCAGCAACACCACCAACGGCUCUCACCGGUACUGCGUGGCUCGCAGGGCGUCUACCAUCAUCCGGACGAUCCGCCUCCUCCUGGGCUUGGCGGAUUGUCCGAGGCGGAUCGGUACUUUCUGGAGGAGAAGAUGGACGCGCUCUACAUUCAAGGUGCCAUUCGACGCAAUGCCAACGCGACACCGUCCAGCCUGACGCGCAAUCAGUCCAGCAGUAGCAACAACACCGAGCGGUACUACCUCGAGAACGAAAACAUCGACGCGAUCUACAACUUCUGCCGACGGAAUGGUGGUGUUGGGGUGGGAUCGGUCGCGGCACACAACGCACACAACUCCUCGUCACAGGCAUCUUCCCAGGCCCAAUCGCAGGUGGACUGUCUGGAUUCUAGUUCACCCCAUCUGCUCCGCCGUGCGUCUAGUCCGGAGACGAGUGGUUCCGAUCGUUAUCUGCUCGAUCGGAUACGAGGCUCACCGGCCUUUCACAGCCCGCGGGGGACACACCUAAAGGUGGUCGGGUCGUCAGCAGAUUUCAUCGAUGGGAGAAUUCCACUCUCCAAAUCCCAACACUAUACCGAUGGGCUUUCCCGGUACGGACGGUUCUCGCCAAAUCUUGACCAAGGCUACCAUACGCUCGUGUCACCUUCACCCUCGGGACAGCAGCAAUCCUCGAUUCCGGCCUCUUGGACGACGGGAGGGAACCAUCACGGAUCUGGCCACGGUGGUGGCACCAACUCAACCUCCUCCAGUCACGGAAGUCCGGCACAAACGAAUACCCCCGUGGGAGGCAAUGGCACGAACGGUACGACCAACGGUGGCAGACCCGACGGUACCACUAUUCUGACCAGUCUAAGCAAUGGACACGGUACCAGCCUAUAUCGGGCGGGGCCCCUGUUUGAUCGAAUACCGGACGAGCUGAUGGUGCGCAUCUUCGAGUGGCUGGACAGCAGCGAACUGUGCAAUAUUGCUCGGGUCUGUCGACGAUUCGAAUCAGUCAUCUGGAAUCCGGCACUGUGGAAGAUCAUCAAGAUUAAAGGAGAAGAAAACAGUGGCGAUCGUGCCAUCAAAACCAUCCUUCGAAGGCUCUGCGGUCAGACGCGAAACGGUGCCUGUCCCGGUGUAGAGCGUGUGCUGCUAGCCGACGGUUGCAGACUGACUGAUCGAGGGUUGCAACUGCUUUCACGACGCUGUCCGGAGAUAACGCACCUGCAGAUCCAGAACAGCGUUACCAUCACGAACCAGGCACUAUCGGAUCUGGUGACCAAGUGUACAAACCUACAGCAUCUAGACAUAACCGGUUGUGCCCAAAUUACGUGCAUCAGCAUCAAUCCUGGACUGGAACCUCCACGAAGACUAUUGCUGCAGUAUCUGGACCUAACCGACUGUGCAUCGAUCUGUGACACCGGCAUCAAAGUCAUUGCCCGCAACUGUCCUCUAUUGGUCUAUCUAUACCUUCGACGGUGCAUACAAGUAACAGAUGCUGGGCUUAAGUUCAUCCCAAACUUCUGUAUCGCGCUGCGCGAACUAAGCGUCUCCGACUGUACGAGAGUCACCGACUUUGGCCUGUACGAGCUGGCGAAGCUCGGUGCUACCCUACGCUACCUUUCCGUUGCCAAAUGCGAUCAGGUGUCGGACGCAGGGUUAAAGGUGAUCGCCCGACGGUGCUACAAGCUGCGCUAUCUAAAUGCCCGAGGCUGCGAAGCGGUCAGUGACGAUUCGAUCAACGUGCUCGCCCGCUCCUGUCCACGGUUACGAGCGCUCGACAUUGGCAAGUGUGACGUGAGCGAUGCUGGUUUGCGGGCACUCGCCGAAAGCUGUCCCAACCUGAAGAAGCUGAGCCUGCGCAACUGUGACAUGAUCACGGACCGGGGGAUCCAGUGCAUUGCGUACUAUUGCCGGGGGUUGCAGCAGCUCAACAUACAGGACUGUCAAAUCUCGAUCGAAGGUUACCGGGCGGUCAAGAAGUACUGCAAGCGGUGCAUCAUCGAGCACACCAAUCCUGGGUUUUGCUAG